AUGGCAGGAGGGUCUUUUGAUCCAGUGGGUGUGACCAAGGAUAGAGCUGAGCAGUACCAAGGGAAGGUCACCACUUUUGUGAUCAUUGCUUGCUUAGUUGCUGCUGUUGGUGGCUCAAUUUUUGGCUAUGACAUCGGAAUAUCAGGAGGAGUGACAUCAAUGGAUGAAUUUCUCGAAAAAUUCUUCCCCAGAGCCUAUAAAAAGAAGCUGCACGCGCAUGAAAACAACUACUGCAAGUACAACAGCCAAGGCCUAGCAAUGUUUACCUCAUCUUUAUACCUUGCCGGUUUGGUUGCAUCGCUGGUGGCGUCUCCUGUCACAAGGAAAUAUGGACGCCGCACAAGCAUAGUCUGCGGUGGAAUCAGCUUUCUUGUUGGUGCAGUUCUUAACGCCACAGCUGUCAACCUGGCAAUGCUUCUUUUGGGUCGAAUCAUGCUUGGUUUUGGAGGAGUGACAUCAAUGGAUGAAUUUCUCGAAAAAUUCUUCCCCAGAGCCUAUAAAAAGAAGCUGCACGCGCAUGAAAACAACUACUGCAAGUACAACAGCCAAGGCCUAGCAAUGUUUACCUCAUCUUUAUACCUUGCCGGUUUGGUUGCAUCGCUGGUGGCGUCUCCUGUCACAAGGAAAUAUGGACGCCGCACAAGCAUAGUCUGCGGUGGAAUCAGCUUUCUUGUUGGUGCAGUUCUUAACGCCACAGCUGUCAACCUGGCAAUGCUUCUUUUGGGUCGAAUCAUGCUUGGUUUUGGUAUUGGAUUUGGAAAUCAGGCUGUUCCCUUAUACUUGUCGGAGAUGGCACCAACACACCUCAGAGGAGGCCUGAACAUGAUGUUUCAGUUAGCGACAACUCUCGGAAUCUUCACAGCAAACAUGAUCAAUUAUGGAACACAGAAGCUCCAUCCAUGGGGGUGGAGGCUCUCCCUCGGCCUGGCUGCAGCACCGGCACUCUUAAUGACAGUAGGGGGAAUCCUUCUCCCCGAGACACCAAACAGCUUAAUCGAAAGAGGGUCGAAAGAAAAAGGAAGACAAGUUCUGGAAAAGAUCAGAGGGACCAAAGAUGUUAAUGCAGAGUUUGAAGACAUGAUCGAUGCGAGCGAGAUGGCAAAUUCGAUAAAACAUCCUUUCAGAAACAUUUUGAAGAAAAGGAAUAGGCCACAGUUGGUCAUGGCAAUUUUCAUGCCAAUGUUUCAGAUUCUCACGGGCAUAAAUUCAAUACUGUUCUAUGCCCCGGUGCUGUUUCAGAGUAUGGGAUUCAAGGGAAAUGCUUCUCUUUAUUCAUCGGCUUUGACUGGAGGAGUUCUUGCUUCAUCUACACUGGUUUCUAUAGCUACAGUUGAUCGAUGGGGUCGACGAAUUCUAUUGAUUGGAGGAGGAAUUCAGAUGAUUAUAUGUCAGAUUAUUGUCACUAUAAUCUUGGGGCUCAAGUUUGGCAGUGACAAAGAGCUCUCCAAAGGUUUCUCAGUCCUGGUAGUGUUCGUCGUCUGCCUCUUUGUCGCAGCCUUUGGAUGGUCAUGGGGGCCUCUCGGCUGGACUGUGCCAAGCGAAAUAUUCCCAUUAGAAACACGCUCUGCCGGGCAAAGCAUUACAGUGGCUGUGAACCUCCUCUUCACAUUCAUAAUAGCCCAAGCUUUCCUAUCCCUCCUUUGUAGUCUGAAGUUUGGAAUUUUUCUCUUCUUUGCUGGAUGGAUUACUAUCAUGACAGUCUUCGUUUACGUUUUCUUACCCGAAACGAAGGGAGUUCCGAUUGAAGAGAUGAUACUGCUGUGGCAGAAGCAUUGGUUCUGGAAGAAGAUUGUAUCUGAACAUCCUGAAGCUGAGGAAAGUAACGGUGGACAAAUCAGUUCAUUGGAGUUAGGCUAA